AUGGUAGUGGUUGAGGUGGCAGCCAUGGUGGCAGCGCCGCCUCACAGUGCGGCGGAGAAGUUUACUCUCCGGAACCUGUCGCGCCUCACCGGUGACUUCGCGGAGGAGAAGAAGAUAGGGAGCGGCAGCUUCGGGUCGGUGUACAGCGCCAAGCUCCUCGACGGGCGCGAGUUCGCCAUCAAGCGUGCCGAGCGUGGCUUCUGCGAGGAGCACGGCGAGCGCAUCCUGGUAUUCAAGUUCAUGCCCCACGAUGCGCUCCAGGACCACCUCCAUGGCGGUGCCACCAACGGCUCACUGCUGUUCGCAUCGUGGGAGGCGCGGCUCCGGGUGGCGCUGGACGCGGCGCGCGACGUGGAGUACCUGCAUUGCUACGCCGUGCCGGCCAUCAUCCACCGUGAUGUGAAGCCGUCCAACAUCCUCCUCGACGACGACUGGACAGUCAAGGUCUCCGACUUCGGCCUCUCCCUUGCCAGUGGCGGCGCGGUGGCGGUCGCCGUCGCCUCGUCCUCCGUCACCGCCGGCACCAUCGGGUACAUCGACCCAGAGUACUACCCGAGCGGAGCGACGUGUGGCCUAGUCCGUCCUUUGCAUGGUGGUGUUGGUAGCCACGCAGCAGGUUUGCGGCGGCGAGCCGCUGACGGCCAUGGCGAGCAGCUCCUCUGCUGCACUUCGCAGUGCGGCGGUGGUCGCGGUAGCACUCGCUCCUGCGGCGUGGUCCUAGACCGGGCCCUGUUCUGUCCUUUUCGUCCGGUGGCAGCGCGUCUCGGCCUGGUCGACGACGCGCAGCGGCUCUUCAGCGCCACCGAUGCGCUGGACGGCGGCCUCGUCACGUGGAACACCAUGGUUAGCCCUCGGGUUCAGAGCGGCCACUUUGACGAGGUUGUCGAGGUGCUCUACGAUAUGACGUGGAACACCAUGAUAUGCCUUUAUGGCUCGGCCCAAAAGCUUGUCCUCACCAAGCCCAAUUAUCUUUUCAGGCCCAUCUGGUUACGGCUUACAAUGUGA